AAUGGGUGUAGACAUACAAACGUACCGCGCAAAAAUCGGAACUUUCAGGCAUUCAUGUGGCAUUGACGUGGUUACAUUUGUACUUGUGGUCAACUUUAGUUAUGGUCUCAAAGCUGUUGGCAGUCUUUUAUUCAUUGGAGUUCUUCUUAUGAUGGCAGGCAUUGAACCAAAUCCAGGACCUACGGAAUCAGGAAACACUCAGUCGACGAAGAUAAAAGUAACAGGUAUACCAAAGACAGCAGACGCCGAAAUUCUUACCUUUUUCUUUGAAAACACAAAAAGAAAAGGAGGUGGCACGGUGAAGCAAGUUACAGUUGAUAAUGAUAGAAAUUCAGCUAUUGUCGAAUUUGAGAAAGCAGCAGCUGUUGACAGAGUGAUGAAACAGCAACCUAUAAAAAUACUUGAAACUGAAGUAAACGUUGAAGUUUAUGUUGAUACAAUUACUACACGACCAACAAAGAUCAAAGUUUCGGGACUACCAGACAGUGCAAAACAUGAAUUCCUUAUUAUGUUUUUCGAAAAUGAAAGACAAGGUGGCGGUACAGUAAAGAGUGUGACGAUGUAUAGUGACAAACACUGUGCUGUUAUUGAAUUUGAAGAAGCCGAAGCUGUUGAAUUCGUCUUAAAAAAUCAGCCACUUUUGAUACGCGGAAAAGAAGUGAGUUUGGAAGCAAUAAUCCAUGAAACGGAGGACAAGUUAAAUUCAAUCAAAGUAUCGGGCCUUCCUGAAGGGGCAAUUGGCAAAGCCUGUCUUCAGAUAUAUUUUGAAAAUGUGGACAAAGGUGGUGGAAAAGUAAAGGAAGUAUAUAUCAACAAAGACGAGUGCUCUGCGAUCAUUGAGUUUGAAGAGAAAAAUUCUGUUGACAUUAUUUUGAAGAAGCUGCCAAUAAUUAUUCUUGACACUGAAGUGGAUGUAAAACGAUUCAGUGAUAGUACAUUCCCUUGUCCCACAAUGCCUGAACUGCAGGGUCUUUUAUCUCAAGAUAGUAUUCAUACAACGGAGACAAUACAGGAAUCGGUUGAAGACAAUUUCCCAAAACCUGAAAAGGCCCGGAUUCCAGAACCCAGCUAUCCUGACGGUGGCAUAGAUGAACCAAAACGGAGAAGUGUUAGAGACAUGGUAUCUGAUUUCAGCAAAGUAAUAGGGGAAAGGUCUCCAAGUGACCAAAAGCUAUCACUUAAUCUGAUGGACAGAGCUAUAAAAAAAGGCGGUGACUCCUCAGAAACUCUGAUAUUGGUAUCUCAAGAUGGUGAUCAUGCAACGGGAGCAGAGCCACAAGAAUCCGUUGAAACACAUUUUCGGAGAGCUAAGGUUCUAAAACCUGAAAAGCCCCCGAAGCCAGCUAAGAAGCCUACAAAACUUGAGCAUACUUUGGAGGGACCUGGCAAUUAUCACAAGUAUUCAGAUGGUGAGCAUAUCAAGUCUCAAGUCGUGACAAAGUUAGGUAUUGACAUUCCUAGCAAUUCACAACAGCAGAAAAUUAAAAUUACAAAUGAUGGCAAUAGGGAAUCAGAUCCUAACUUAAGCUGCUGUUCUGAAGUUUCUGGAUUGAAAUGUCUUGGAAAUAGAAAUGAUACAACACGAACAGAAUUAACAGAUUGUAAAUCCAGUCCACCUGUCCUCAAACGGGUUGCUUCUGAUGGAAGUCAUCCACCGAUAGAACUUGAGGAAACUAAAGGUAAGGUAUUCUGCAAAGUGCUCCAAAAGAUUGGCCUUGAAAACAAGUACCCAGGCAAAAUAUGUAUGAGAGAUGUUAUUGCAGUUGAUCCCAACGAAUUUACUGAGCAUGAAAAAAAGCGUAUUUCUUUGAUUGAUAUUCCUUGGUUGCUACUUAAACGAUUGAUUUGUGCUCACAGCGAAUCCAGAGAUAUUACAGUAUCAGAUGAAGACGGUAUUGAGGACAAUAUAGAUUUAGAUAAUACUAUGUCCUUUAUUUCGGAUGUACCUGUGGAAAGCCAAGAUAUAAGUCCACUGGACGUAUUCACAGUUGUUUUUCAAUGUUGUGAUCCUUUACUAAAGCAAAUAUUGUUUCAAAAAUUAUACCUUUGCAAAAUUGCAGUACCUUUUCUUUUUAAGCAUUGGACACCAAACGAAUUCCAGUCAAUACUCUCUGUUUGGCCACUGCGUACUUUAGCAAUAGAAAACAAUGUAUUGUCUAGUAGUAGUAAAGUUAAAAGUAAAGAUGUCGAUGUACUAGAAUUGACAACCAAGAUAUUAGCUUUUGCAAGGUUUGGUCGUCCCCGCUAUUCAAAAUCAAAAUUGAUAAAUAGUUUACUGUCCGAUCAGGGUGGCAAAACAUUUUUCAAUAUCGACUGUCCUUCUGGAAUGACCCCUAGGUUUUUAAGUAAUGGUCAAAUAGAAAUGUUCUGGCUACCUACAGUCGGCGACAAAAAAGACAGGUUUCAAGAAGCUAUGACAUUUCUGAAUAUGAGAGGAGAUAUAAAAGAAAACUUUAGCGUGGAAAUUCUUUCUUUCGUUGCAAACAUUGUCGAUGCUAUUGUUAUGAUCAUUGACUUAGAUUCUAUAUUGUCAAAGUCAAAUGAAGUAAAGGAUAUGCUUCAGAAUUAUUCCUCUGUAAUUUUAAUCAUUGCGGACCCUCUAAGACAAGAAGUAGUAAAAACAAUUCAAAGGUUUCAAAGUGAUGUUGCUGGUUCAAAACAAGGAAUAAGUCUUCGCGUAAUAUGUACACACAAAGGCAUUGUCGAACAGAAUGUUGUCGAUAUGGUCUCGAGUAUUUCUAAGCAUAUAAACUCUCAACUGAUGUCAAAUACAACUAAACCACUCCAGGAACGUUUGACAAGUAAAGGGAAAAUACAAACUGAUGAAGACGACACUAGCUGCCAAUUUGGUAAAAAAGCAGCGGAGACGUUGAUGAAGCAAAUGAAGGAAGCCGGUCUACCAAGUCGUUGGAAACAAAUCCUGACCCCAGUCCACAGUACCUAUUCGCAGCAAUUAGGAACACUAAUGAAGAAACGCGAGAGAGAAAGAGACUUUAAAAAAGCCGAAAACAUUGGACAUCAGAUGAAGAAAAUCCGU